UGGUAGGCGGGGACAGGGGGGGGGGGGUUGCUGUGCUCAGGUUAGGUUGCGGCGCCGGCCGGGGCGGUUUGUAGGAGUGCAUUCGGCUGUCGCGGAGACAGGAUGACCCGUGGUAAUCAACGAGAACUUGCUCGUCAGAAAAAUGCAAAAAAGUCAAGUGAGCAAAGUAAACGGAAAAGAAAGGAUGAUGGUUUAUCUGCUGCAGCCAGAAAGCAGAGGGAUGCUGAAAUAAUGCAGCAGAAACAAAACGCAAAUAAAAAUUCUGCAGCACCUGCGGGAGCUAAUGCAGGAACUUCAAACUAAGGCCCGCACCUGUGGUACUCUGCCUAACUUUCCUGGAUGGGUACAUCUAACGAGCAACGCGGCUUUAUCUUCAAAAUAUUGAACAUAUUUAAAACAUUGGGUUCCGAUACUUCAGAAAAUUGCAUUGUUGUAUCUUUCCUAUGGAAUUAUGCCAUGUUUAAUGCAAAGGAAGGUGUCUUGCUUGUAGAUUUGGUACUGAUGCAGUAUUAGACCUUGUACUGUAAAGGUGCAUUUCCUGCAUGAGCAUAACUCACAAGGUAUUUCCAGUAUAAGCAGAAAAUAUGCUUGCAUUUGGAUUUGUGACCAGCCUUGUAUUUUUGUAUCAACGCUAACCCUUUAAAUUCUGUUUUAAUAAAGACAGCAUUUAAGUUGACAAAGCUGGGUUUAGCUGCUUGUCUUUAAGUUGCCACUAAAGCUUUGCCAUUCUUGAAGCAUCUUUAUUCUGUCUCGGUGAUCCAGAUGUGGAAGGAAACCAGACAGUUUUUAGCAUGCUUGAAUCAAGUUUGAUGUUUUCUGGCGCGGUAGGUAUGACAAAAGGUUGAAGUGCUUUAGUAUUUUGUGGGCAUUUGCCACUGCCUUUCAGUUAGAUGGUGUGCACAUCGAAUAAUUCUGCUUUGUGUGCCUCAAUUACAAAUUGAAUCUUUCUCUGCUAGGGCAAAAUUGGCUUUAAAUGUGUAGUGAGGGCAGUUGGAACAAAGUAAGGAAAUGUGUACAGAAACCUUGUUCACAAGAUGUGAGAUUUGCAGACACAAUGAAACUUCCUUUGCAUAAGGGUUGAAGACGUUUAGUGGCAAUUGCCACUUUAUGGUUCACAGUUCUACCAGCAGUGCUAGAAAAACCAGGGAAGAUAACAACUAGGUAGUUAUUUGGAUUGAUAUUACUGACUUGUUGCCUGAGGUGAGAUGUGGGUUUGGCACAUUAUGCCGGCUUGAUGUAACAAUACUUUUAAAGACUGGGGAAAUGUUGGUUGUUCAGACUGGAAAAGAGACAACAGAGAAUGUUAAAUUAAGUGAGACAAAGGCGGGGUCACAGGUCCAAAUUAACAGGACAGCUAUUGGGGAAGUGUUUACAAAUGAUUGACCUAUGGAUAAAACUAAUAAUUCUAGACCAUAAUGGAGGGAAAAAUGGUGAAAGAAUUUAAAAAUAAUUGGAUAAUGCAAGGUUGGAGAAGCUAUAGAAUUUUGCUGGUUGGAUGAACUUAAAUGGGCUGAAUGGGCACCUUUUUUAUAUGUAACUGGUUAUUCACCUCCAAUUUAUCUAUGUUGCAUCAAUUGUGAUUUUCUCUGCUUUAACAGGUGCAAGGAUUAAAAUUUACAUUCAUAUAGUUAAAGGAAUCUUAUGUGGGUUGGUUUUAGUUUUUAAGUGGCCAUGUGUAGAAUUAGAACCUGAAGAGCCAAUUCAAAUCUCAAUUUGACUUAUUCUCUCAAACAUACCUAAUUCUCAUGUUAUGCCCUAUAUGAUAUAAGCAUCACUAUUAUAAAAGUGAAUUUGAUGCAGUAUCAUGAAUGACCUAGUUCUGUUUCGUAUUUCUCCUGUACAGUCCUUUUGCUGAAUUUAGGCCAGUGUUAAUAUCAUCGAAAAUGUCAUGAGGGCAGGAAGUUGAUGUAUUUUCUUCAAUCUAGGCUAAUUAUUACCUGUUAUCCCUGAAAAUGUUUUUGAGGCCCUGCAUGGUUAAUGACCCAAAAUUGCUGAGAUGCUGAUGCUUUGCUUGCUUAAGUGCAAAAUGCAUACUGUAAAUGGAAUUGGGUGAAUUCCUGAAGCAUGUUACAAGCCAAAACCAAAAAAUACACAUUGUAGUCUAGAUCAGCUUUCUGCCGAGCUGGUUGAAGAUACGGAACAAUGCAUGUGGUCAAUGGUGACAGAACCCUUGGAUUUUGAAGGGUGGUCGGGUGUUGGUGCUGGAGAUCCAUCUGCUUUAACAAUUGCUUUGGCUCAAGAAUUUCAAUUAGUAUUCUCCUCUUCCUUGCUGUUCUGGCAGUGACUUGACAAAAACCUUGCUCGUUUCCAAGGCUCUAUUUAAAAACUUAUCUGUUUUUAUUUUAAAACUUUUUAAUUAAAUUCCCUUUGCCUGCUGCUAUUUUGCCUGUGGCCUUUACAAGGGUUUACAAUGCCCAUCCAGGUGAGAUCGUUAUUAAAUAUGCAAAUCAGGGGCCUACAAUCAUAAAUAGGACCCAAUUAAUUUUGAAGCACAAAUUGUCCUAAGCCUUGAUCCUCAAAGGGAGUGCUGGAUGUUACUCAAAACUAUCCAGAAAAGACUUUUGUGCCAGGAGAAGCAGAAUUGGCAAGCUGCAGCCUGUAACUUGCUCGUGAGCAGGAAUUGUGGCCCAGGCACCUCUGCAAAACCAAGCAACCACACUCAACCCAUCUGUUCUGGUUAAAUGGAUCAUAGUUUGUAAAAUCCUUAAGUCGCACUGUUUCCGGAACAUGCUAAGAUUUAUUUUGACUGCAGUUGUUGCACAUUUUAGAUGGGUGGUAGUUCAGCAGUUUGUUUUAAUGUGAUUGGCCAUUGUUUUAAAUAGACAGAAUACAAUGUUCAAGGAUGUUGCUUCAAAAGAAUGCAAAAAUGUUACUGCAUCUUAGUUUGUCAGAAUUGAGUCACUGCUCCUCCUGUUGAAAGCUAUUGAUUCAAUUACAGGUUUAAUAGGAGGGGGGGUUAGUUACAGGAAAAUAACCUGUUAAGUGAGGAGCAGGUUGAAAUUUGAGCCAAAAGAAGCUAUUAGGCCAUAAGCAGCCCAGCAGAUUAGUGUAUUCCUCACCUUUUGUGACCACUUUCAUUCAUCUAUGCCCUGGAAUCUGACAUUUCCUCCCUAACCUCCUUUGCCUCACCAUCUCUCUUCCAAGGUUUUACUCAUUUGCUCAAGCUGGAUGUAAUUGUUUUUCAACUUCUGAAGCACCUUGGGCUGUUUCACUACUUUUAAAAUAUGGUAAAUAAAUGCAGGUUGUUUCUUGUAAGCCUCACUUUUUUGUCCAUCCAAAUUUCAUCCUCUGCAUUACUGCAAAUCCACCCACUCUUAACAUAAUGCUUUAAUUGGCUUAAUUAGUCUUUUAAAUUCCAGAAUUUGCUUGGUCUCAUCAAAAUGGAAUUCUGUCACUUGUAUUUUCCAAACAAAUUUUAAAGUGUCCUGUUGUAUAUGGAACAGAACUUCAGUGUACACUGGGUGGUUUCAAUUUAACUCAAUUUUUUUGCAUUAAAACAAAAUCCAAACUCGUA